AUGCCUCAGAACGAGUACAUCGAGGAGUCCAUCCGCAGACAUGGUCGGCGUAUGGACCAUGAGGAGCGCUUGCGCAAGAGGGAAGCUCGAUCCUCGCACAAGGCUUCGGCCAUUGCCCAGAAGUCCAUUGGACUCAAGGCCAAGAUGCUGAACAAGAAGAGGCGAGCUGAGAAGAUUCAGAUGAAGAAGACGCUCAAGGCUCACGAGGAGCGGGAUGUCAAGCAGGCAUCGACCUCGUCCAACCCAGACCAGGCCUUGCCUACAUACCUGCUCGACCGAGAGGGUCAAAAGGACGCAAAGGCUCUUUCGUCUGCUGUCAAGGAGAGGAGGAAGGACAAGGCCGCCAAGUACGCUGUUCCCCUGCCGCAGGUCAGGGGUAUCGCAGAAGACGAGGCGUUCAAGGUGAUGAAGUCUGGAAAGAGGAAGGACAAGGGAUGGAAGAGAAUGGUGACAAAGGCGACCUUUGUGGGAGAGAGCUUCACAAGGAAACCUCCCAAGCUGGAGAGGUUCGUGAGGCCAAUGGCAAUGAGGUACAAGAAGGCCCACGUCACACACCCAGACCUCAAGGCCACAUUCUCGCUACCUAUUCUUGGUGUCAAGAAGAAUCCUCAGGGCCCGCUUAUGACUCAAUUGGGAGUCUUGACAAAGGGAGCAGUCAUCGAGGUCAACGUCAGCGAGCUGGGUCUUGUGACAACGGGUGGAAAGGUAGCUUGGGGAAAGUACGCACAGGUCACAAACAACCCAGAGAACGAUGGCUGCGUCAAUGCCGUCCUCCUCGUCAGCUCCUAG